AAACUUCCCAUCAAAAAUGGCACCCUGGCAUUUGGUUUCUGGCGAGACCCUCCAGUCCCAGUACAAUUUGGCAUCUACGUCUUUGAUGUGCAGAACCCAGAUGAGGUCAUCGCUGGAAAAGAAGCGCCUUCAAUUGUAGAAAAGGGCCCGUAUGUCUACAGGAUGCACUUACACAAAGAGGACAUAAAAUGGCACCAGAACGGCACGGUGUCGUAUGUCCAGCCACAGACGUACUUUUUUGACCGAGAAGCGUCGGUCGGACCGGACACGGACACAUUCCUCACCAUAAAUGUGCCGUACAUCACAAUAGCUACCAUAAUGAGAUUCGAGCUGCCUUGGCUACAGAAAAUAAUCGACGCCUUUGUGCGUGCAAAGUAUGAGAAUGCCUUCAGGCGAGUCAGUGUCCACGACAUCUGGUGGGGCUAUGAGGAUCCCGUUCUAGAGGAAGCAGCAGAGCUUUUGAAAAAGUUCAACAUUACGUCUUCCCUGAUCAAUGGAAAGUUUGGAUUCUACAUGGAGCACAAUAACACAGGAGAUGGCAUGUACAACGUUUUCUCAGGGCUAGAUGGAAAUUUGGAUAACUACAUUUUGGUUGAUCGCUGGAAUGGAUUGAAGAAAUUGACCCUGUGGACCACCGAAUAUGCUAAUCAAAUCCGUGGUUCAGAUGGAUCACAACAUCCACCAUAUGUCACAAAGGAUACCAGCAUAUCCAUCUUUGACGGAUACUUGCAAAGGUCUCUGAAGAUGUGCUACAACGGAAGCUCUUCCUUCAUGGGUGUGCGGACUUUGCACUUCACCGUGCCUUACUCAGAGUUCGCCACAGCUUCAGAAAAUCCGGAUAACGCAGGAUUUUGCACCCCGGACAUACAUCAUUGUAUUCCAUCCGGGGCCUACAACAUGACUGAUGCCACAAACUAUGCCCCAAUUUAUGUGUCGAUGCCGCACUUUGUGGGCGGAGACCCUUACUACUUCAAGCAUGUGACAGGACUGCACCCAGACCGAUUGAAGCAUCAGCCGUUUUAUGAUAUUCACGCUCUCACAGGCGUGUCUCUCCAGGGAGCCCGAAGGUAUCAACUGGUGGUGAGGACAGAAAGCUUUGAAUAUUUCAGUGCUUUCAAGAAUUUUCCUGUUUCCUACCUUCCUAUUCUGUGGAUUGACGGGCUUGCCCAGAUGGAUGCGAAAACAAUUGCUCUCUUCCGAGAUGAGGUCCAGUCUACUCUUGACGCCAUGCCCACUGUGCGGGGAGUCAUCUUUGGUCUGGGGGGAUUCAUAGCCCUCAUCAUUUUGACUCUGAUUUUCAUCUGGAAGAGGAAGGCGAGAACGGUGUUUACCUCAGACAUUGAACACCUUGACGAGGAUAGAAAACCACUGAUACAGAAGAAAAAGAAGAGAAAUUCCCGUGUAUCACCACCCUUGAGAUCUGGAGAUCUGAACACUCACUCUGAUGACGUCGCAGUGAGAGAUAGGAGGCAAAAUGGUGGCGUGAUCACUGAAGAGAGAGUAGCCCAAGAUUCUAAUAACUCUGAGCCGAAGCAGGAGAAUGGGCGCCUGCAUAGCGGGAGCAACGUAGAGUCGGAUGGGCCGAGCGAGUUCUUUGAUCCCAGGACCUCUCCUGUGCCAGACCCAGCCUAUUACAAGUCGUUCGAAAGUACCUAAUGGUAUUGAUAAAUUAAGUUUAAUAAUGCAUUUCUCAGUGUUCUGAUUGGUGCUGUUGAAUUGGACUAUUUCUGUUUCCAGUUGAAAUGUGCAUGAUUGUUUUGUUUUUUUGUGGCUCUUAAUUAAACUUACAUCUUGUGUGAUACAUCAACUGGAGACAAUAAUUCUGUAUAUAUUUUUUUUUCGAGAGAAGCCAAAGAUUGUUUUUUUUUUUUUCAGGAAUUUUCUCAUUAAUUAAUCACAUUCCGAAUUACAUAUACUUGGAAUUUAGCCAUCCGUAUCGUAUGACAUGCCAUAGUAAGCUGAUCUUGGUAUAGAUAUGUGAAAGUUGCUGAAAUUCGAGUUUUGACAGUUCAGUUUCAGGACUUGUAAUGAACUCUUUUAACAUUGAAACUUUCCUUUUUCCAUGUACGGAUCAGGCUUUAAAUAUUUUGGGUUUCUUUGGUAGUAUUAUCAAUCAAUACACGAUUAUUGUCAUGCUUUCAGUCUGCUCUCCGUCCUUUGAAAUAGCUUUAUUGUACUCUGGUCCGAUGGAGGAUGAAGAAAACUUAGUACUUAAUAAGAUUUGAAAAAUGCAAGUCAGGCAUGAUGUGGGAAAACGCUUUAGGAAAAAAAAAAGAUCUAGAAAGUGAUUUAUUUGAAUAUAUCUUUAUGCAAUUAAAGACUACUGGGAAAAACUGGGGAUGUCUAAACUAUAGUUCUCUCCUUAAAAUCCUGACUGUGCAACACAAUGAUGAUAUAAAAAGAUGAAACAUGCUUCUUAUAACAAUGUAACCGCAAAAUCAAUAUUUCAAAAGUAGAACUCAGAAACCUUAAAGUUUUCUACAAGAUGCACAAUGUCCUUUGAUCUAAAUUUUCAGUUUGCAGAAAAAUGUGAGAUUGCCAGUUUUUUACUGUUGUAAUUGUCUUCAAAUACUCGGCCUCAGGUGCGGUCAAAAUCUAGCUAGGUAACUUUACAACUAGCCUUUUAUAUUUGUUGAAAGACGUCCAUUUUUAUGAACCCGUUAUCCUGCCUGGAGACAGAGUGCUCAACAUAACAAAUAUCCCAGUGGUGUAGGGAAAGGUGGUUGUGAAUUUAAACAAAAAUUGAGAACAGAACAAAUACCGCAUUGCAUUGGUGAUGAUGUUUUAACAUUUUUCUGUUGGGAACGUCCGGUAUGAAUGGCAAAAAAUGUUUUCCCUUUCCCUAUAAUAGAUGGCUGGAGGAGACGGAAAAGAGUUAUUGUAUAUUAUGAUAUGAUUAUAUGAUAUUAUUUGGAGAACUUGUCUUUGAGAAGAGAAUCGUCGGUUCCGCUUCAAAGAUUUCUGUUAGAGUGACAUGUAUAUGCUCUAGAUCUAGAUAUCAACUCUGAAAGUUGGGGGAGACACUGCCACUGACUAUGGCAGAUGGUGUGCUGUACUCCGCAAGCAGUUGAAGUUUAGUGAGAAAAAGAAAAGAUCCUAAUCACAGCUGCAGAAAAGAGAGCCAGGCAGAAGGCGUGCUCCUUUGGAGUGCCCCCCCCCCCCCCGUCAACCAGCCACGCCUUCUGCUGAUGUGGUAUGGACUGCCACUCUGGUUUUGAAUUCUCCAGCUAUCGACGCCACUUUUGCAGAGGCACCAACCUGCAUUUAUCUUUGGCGCAAUAUCCCUUAUAGACAUCGGCUUACGGAGACUUACUUCGAAAUAAGCUAGUAGAAGAAGUGUGUCAACGUGGAUACAGACUAACAAAAUUCUGUAAUUGAAAAAAACCCACCUGAUUUCAUCAGAAUAUAUGAGAAACUGAGACAUAGCAACAGAUCGGAGAUACCAUAGUCCUAAGCUGCUCAUUAAAUUUUUUUUUUCAAACCAAACAGGGAAGGAUUCGGAAAGGAAAUAAGUGAACAAAUGCCCUCAUGCUAAUUUUGCAAGUGAUUUCCUCUGAAGAUGAGAAUUGCAAGAUCUAACAAAAAUAUCUCGAUAGCAUGCAAGCAGUAUAGGUCUUGGAAGUACAUGGUUUCACAAAAAUGAAACCAGGGCCCUGUUAUCUCCGAAGUUGUAAAAUUUUGCAUGCAAAUGCAGUGAAUCGUUUUCCUUCCAAGCAAAUAUGACACCAUUACCUUUCAAAGACUGACAUUCGAGCCUCAAAGAAAGGGUUUUCUUUGACCCUCUACGCAACAGCCUUAAAGUGCUUUAUUUGUUAUUAAGAACAGCAGUAAAGUGCUUUAUUUGUUAUUAAGAACAGCAGCUUGAAGUGCUGUUUCUAUCUCUUUAAAAGUGCUUUGUAUUGUUCUUCCAAGUUAUGAAUGCUAUAUUGCUUAUUUACAGUCUUUCUUAUUUUAUGCUUAAUUAAGUUGUCUCAGUUUCAAGCCGUAACCAUGUGCCUUAUUUUACACUUGCAAUAUAUAUGUUAUUAUUAUUGAUACAACAUGGGGUUGGAGGGCACCCACUGUUAGUAUUACUUCUUUUUGUUGCAUCUGUUGUUUUUGUAUAAUAUACUCUGUCUUGCUUUUUCCUUGCACAAAACAACUUUAUUACUGUCAAUAUGCAUCUCUUUACUCAAAAAAAAGGUUGAUAC